AUGAAGAUCGAUCGCAGCAGACUGAAAAAAUGCACUUCUGAAGUGCCCGCAGAAUGUCAGACACUCAUAAAUAAGCUGCGCUCCUGCUCUCAUGCAGAGUUGUUAGAGGAGCUCAAGCAAAUAGAUGCAUGGACCUUUGGAAAGUGUGAAUUAUUUCAUUGGAUUGAUGUCUUAGAUCUCAGUGACAGUAUUUUAGAAGAGGCUGCGGCAAGAAGUCCUGAUAAUCCAUGGGAAUUAGCGUGUGAUCUUCCUCAAAAUAGAGAGGCAAAAGAGCUGCUUCUCUGGGUUCUUCACUUCACAACAUUGUUGAUUGAGCACUCAUUCUCACGGCAUUUGUACAACAGCAUGGAACACUUGGUUACUUUGUUAUCAAGUUGUGACAUGCAUGUAGUUCUCGGUGUAUUAAAUCUCCUGUACAUGUUUAGUAAACGCAGUAAUUUUAUUACACGUCUAAAUAAUGACAAACGGCAGGCUUUGCUUAGCAGGCUUAAUCAUCUAGCGGAGAGUUGGGGAGGUAAGGAAAAUGGUUUUGGCUUGGCAGAAUGCUGCAAGGAAUAUCCAGAGAAGCCAUUUCCGGCGAGCGCUACAACACUACAUUUUGAGUUUUACGCGGAAAACCCGACCGUGUCGGAACCGUCAACAACUGGUACAUCGCUUCCUAGUACAAAGAAAGUUGGUCAAGCGAAUCUUGUAACAUAUAUACAUAUAGAAGCUGUUGACAAACUUGGAAAAACCCCAGCACAGAUCAUGAACGAUCUGUUGAAAGUCUACAACGUACCCCAGGAACGGCAGAUGGCUCUAUUGACACACAUAAGGCUAGCACAUAGUUUUUCGGAUUAUCGAAGACGACUGCAAUGCGUGCAAGCGCGACUUCAAGCACUAUCCGUGCUCGUAUAUAGCAACGCGUUGCAAGAAAACGCGCAUAGUCUCCUUCACGCUGGACUCCUCGAGGAACUGGUUGAAUUAUUGGAACUCCCACAUGCUCAUCUUGUUGAAAUUCGCGCGGCAGCCUUGCGCACCCUUACAAGUAUUAUACAUCUGGAUCGUAAUCCACACUUCCCUAAGAAACCAGGCUCGCGCUUGAAUAUGAUUAUCGAUGUCACUGGAGCCAGUUCGUAUCAUGGAUUUCUUCCGGUUUUGGUUCGCACUUGUAUAACAACGUUGACCUCACCACAGUCAGACGGACAGCCGUUCCCGUUGCCUCUUGCGACAGCUUUGUUCAGUUUUCUCUAUCAUCUUGCUAGUUACGAGGCAGGUGGAGAAGCACUCGUCAGCUGUGGUAUGAUGGAGAGUCUCUUGAAAGUCAUAAAUUGGCCGGGCAGUGAGCUGGAACACAUUACGUUUGUAACGAGGGCAGUACGUGUUAUAGACUUGAUAACAAAUAUAGAUAUGCAAGGUUUUCAAACACACGGCGGUCUGGCGAGCUUCAUCAACCGUUUAGACAUGGAAGUCAAUGUGUGUAGAAAGGAACAACCAUUUGAGAUAGAACCGUUGCUGUAUCAGGAAGCUCCGCAGACCUCGCGAGAGAGGUCGGUGGACAGGGAGGAGGAAUCUUCCACGUCGCGACGCGCCCACGAGACUUUCGACGAACGAGAGGAGUCCUCCAAUCCUAUGGAGUUUUCGGAAGACGAAAAUAUGAGUUCGAAAACGGACGAAAAGAGCGAACAGCAACCGGACUAUUCUGCCGCCAAGACCGGCAAGACAUGCUUACCGCAACGAGCGGCACUUCUAAAGUCAAUGUUGAAUUUUCUUAAAAAGGCUAUUCAAGAUCCGGCAUUCUCCGACAGUAUACGACAUGUCAUGGAGGGUACGUUGCCGUCCUCUCUGAAGCACAUCAUAAGUAACUCGGAAUACUAUGGACCUUCAUUGUUUUUGCUCGCUACCGAUGUUGUGACUGUGUACGUUUUCCAAGAACCUUCCUUGUUGUCGUCCCUGCAAGACAACGGUUUGACUGACGUUGUGCUCCAUGCUCUACUCAUUAAAGAAGUUCCUGCCACUAGAGAAGUAUUGGGCUCGCUACCUAAUGUGUUCAGUGCUUUAUGUUUAAAUCAGCGCGGUCUUGAGUCUUUUGUAAAGCGCCGACCAUUUGAGCGCUUGUUCAAAGUACUUCUUUCUCCCGUCUAUCUCUCGGCAAUGCGUCGACGACGAAGCGCUGAUCCACUAGGAGACACAGCUUCGAACCUGGGCAAUGCCAUGGACGAGCUGAUGAGGCAUCAACCAAGCUUAAAAGUAGACGCCAUUGCGGCUAUUAUUAAGUUACUCAAAGAGCUAUGCGUAUUGGGCUGCGAUCCUCGGUACAUAUGCUGGCGCGCCGCCGGUAAAUCCGACAAUUCACCAUCGAACACCACGACCGGGAAUCGUCAGUCCUCCGGUCAGUCGGUCGGCGUCGGAGUGGGAGACUCCGGUGGUGCUGGAGGUGGUGGCGGUGGUAGCAGCAGCGACGAGGAGGAGGAGGACGAAGAGGAAGCGAGCACCAGUUCGCAUCCUCAGCGGGAAGAACAACCCUCGCCGUCGCCCGCACAACCCGGACCUCCGCCUCAACCGAGGGAAAAAACACCCAUCGCCUUGGUCGAAUACAUUCACAACGUCAUGAAAUUCGUCGAUGCUAUUCUGAGCAAUAACUCGACCGACGAUCACUGCAGAGAGUUCGUCAAUCAAAAGGGACUCGUGCCGCUACUCUCGAUCUUGGGUUUACCUAAUCUGCCCGUGGAUUAUCCCGUCGCUCAAGCGGCCCAGUCCGUGGCGUCGGUGUGUAAAAGUAUCCUGAACCUUGCGCAUGAGCCGUCGGUCCUCAAGACGGGUUUGUCCCAGUUGAACGAAGUGCUGAACUUGUUGAAGCCGCUUCACAGUCACAUGGAGACGCCCGGUGGGUCCGUAUUGUUACAUGAACUUGCGUCAGCACCGAAUCUUGAAACGGCAUUUACCAGCGAUACCGCAACACCUCUCUUGCACGCGAUGAACGCUGCUCACGGAUAUGUAGUGAUGUUCGUUCACGUCUGCCGUACCAGCCAGAGCGAAAUUCGUAACCUCUCCAUGAAUCACUGGGGCUCCGAAUUAGGUCUGAGCGUCCUCAGGGGUUUAUCUGAACUUUAUAUGUCUCUCGUUUGGGAAAGUACGUUGCUGCUUGCGUUAUGCAGCGAGGAUAUCAUACCGGCCGGAUGUGAGUUCGGGAAAGAGGAUAUGGACAAGUUAAUGCCGCCGGAGCUGAAGACCGAAGGCGAAUCGUCCACCUGGUCCGGCACUGCGUCAGCGGAUAUGGGCAGUAACGGGAUGACUACAGCGAUGGAGGCUCUCAGCACAGAUCCGCCACCGGUGCCGAUGGAAGUUGACGACAAGCCGAACGUGAGCACCGGCAGAACAUCGCCGAACAGUUACCAGCUCAAAUACAUCAAGCCGCUGCUCGGGGCGUCCUCGAGACUCGGCCGAGCACUUGCCGAGUUGUUCGGACUGCUCGUCAAACUAUGCAUGGGUUCUCCAGUUCGGCAGCGCAGAAGCCAACAGAUGCCACUGACACCCGCUCUUCCGUCGCAAGCGGCGAGACAGGUCGCCUCCUCCCUGAAUUCUUUAUUGACACGCGGCCUGUCGUGGGACAAAUUGCCCCCGUCGCCGAUACCAAAGUUCAAGUUGACCUUUCUCAUCUGUUCGGUGGGAUUCACCUCGCCGAUGCUCUUCGACGAAAAGAGACACCCUUAUCACCUGAUGCUUCACAAAUUCGUCACUCUGGGCGGCCAGAACUCCUUCUUCGCCACCUUCCAUUGGGCGUUGUCCGGCGGUGGCCAGUUCACCUUAUCGGAGGGAUUGGAGCAUCCGAAUUUGCCGGACGGUACUGGCGAAUUCCUGGACGCUUGGUUGAUGCUGCUCGAGAAAAUGGUCAAUCCCAAAGCCAUCUUGGACUCGCCUCACGUGGUGUCGGCCAAGUGUAGCGGUAUGUUCAAGGAGCCUCAUUUCGAGCCGAUCAAGUAUCUCACCGACAUACACAAGAAGGCUUUCGAGGCGGUGAUGCUGAUGUGGGGCAAGAAGCCGCUGAAGAACUACGGAGCUCGCAUGACCGAGUCGAUAUUGUCCAUCUUACGACAUAUCUUACGGGGAGAGAAGAUCAUCAAGGAACGCACCGAGAAGAAGGAAGAGAACGUGGAGGGUGCGGUGGCGAGUGGCAGCGGCGGCAGCGGCGGCGGCGGCGGCGGUGGCGGUAGCGGCGGCGGCGGCGGGGGCGGCGCUAGCGGUAUCGCUAGGAGCGGCGGCACGGAUCGCAGGGAUGAGCCGCUGGAGGCGGAUGUGAACCCGGAGUAUCUCCGACAACUGAUGGACAUGGGCUUCAGCAGGGCGCACUGUAUAGAAGCGUUGAUGCACACAUUGACGGUCGAGCAGGCGACGGAUUACCUCCUGACGAACCCCGCGACUCUUCGCAGACCCGACGCCUCGUUGAACGACGUGGGCGGACAGGUGAUGGACGUGGAAACCGACGACGAUCUCAUGCAAGCCAUCGCGGUGUCGCUCGACUCACCGGACGCUCACAAGAUCGGCAUGGGCAUCGAAGAGUUCGCCAGGGAGACCACCAUUACGGAGAAUAUAGACGAGUUCACGCACAGCGCCCUGGGCCAGUGUCUGAACCUAUUGGAUCUGAUGCCGGACACGGUUUAUCGGAUAUGCGAUCUCCUAGUGACGAUCACGAAGCGUAACGGCGACGAGUGGCGGGACAGCAUGCUGCGGCAGCUGAUACGCGAGAUCGGCGGUCUGGUGGAUCAUCUGAUCGAGGUCGCCGAGGGCCCGGACGAGAACGCCGGCACGCGGCUGGUGGAGUGCGAGGAGGCGAACAAAGUAGCCGGUCGGAUCUACCUUUACACCCUCUUCUUCGAGGGCACGUUCCAAGAGAUGCGAGUGCCGUGUGCGCAGAUAGUGGAGGAGUGCGCGAUACUGGACAAACUCGUGCGGUUGUUGGUCGUAAGCGAGGGUCCGCUCACAGCUACCAAGAACAGGCUGACGAAGGACAGCAAAGACAGUGGCGCGGCGAGCGGCGUGAAGACGCCCAAGUGGCUGGCGCCGCUGUUGCUGCUGAUAGACCGUUUGGAAAAGGUGGCGAUACUGACGAAGCGUAAGCAGCUGAUGCACAAGGUCACCACCAGGGCGUGGAAGUGGUUUGACUUGAGUACCGGUAAAUGGACCCUCUACUCGCCGAUGAACAACAGGAUCAUCAACGACGCUUACUGGGCCGGCGAGUCGAGCGUCAGGAUCUCGUGCAGUCGGCGCCGUUACCUCAUCACCUUCUCCUGCAUGACUCAGGUGAACGAGGACACCGACAACAGGCGUCCCAUCACGAUGUGCUUCAAGCUGAACACAGGCAACAACGAGGACGGUGGCUCGGGCUCCGAUUCCAACAUGGACACCGACGAGAGCCCGAUAGAGGAGAAACGGAACACGGUGGUGCAAGGAUUGGAUCCCAGCAUAGCGCCGAGUAUCGUGCGCGCCUGUGUGAAGCUAUUGGCAAUCCCAGUCGAUCGGGACGCAUUACACGCUCUGAUGAAGGUGUGUCUGCGGCUAACGAGGGACUACAAGAACGCGGAGGUGUUCGCGCGCGAGGGUGGUGUCAAGUUGCUCCUCGAGAUGACGCAAAUGAGCAGCUUCACCGGUUGCAUAAAUCUGAGUACUCUGUUGAUACGGCACACCCUGGAGGAGCCGCGUACGCUCCGUCUCGCUAUGGAGAAGGUUAUUCGCACCCGUACGCAGAUCAACAUACCUCCCGCGUACAAAGAGAUACUCUUCAUGACACGGCAGAUCAGUAGCGCCGUUUGCCGUAAUCCGGAAGUGUACAAGGAAGUGUGCGAAAAUAUCCUCCGAGUCGACAUAAGCGUCCUGAAAAAAGACGACGUCGACAACAGGCUGGUCGUCAAGGCCCUACCUCCUAGUCAUUCUCCAGCAUUGCCGAUGGUGGAAGAAGUAUCCAUAGGUGUUAUUCGCGACCUGUUGAACGCGCUAAUCAAGCCGAUGCCGGUCUCAUCGGACGACGGCACGACCACUCCUACGAGCCCCGAGAAGAAGACUUCGCACUCGACAUCCUCCACGGCGAUUGGUAACGCGUCAUCGUCGACAUCCUCGCGGCGAGAUGUGCUGAGAAACAAUACAACGACCACCAACGAUCCCCUAGACGACGACGAUCAAGUGUCGCAGAUUAUUCCCUUGAAGAUAUACACUGACAUCAGUAGUAACAGCAAAGUCGAGCCGGAGGAAGCGAAGAAGCCCGUGCUGACGAAAUCCGCGAUAUUGAAGAUAUUGGCGGAAGCUGUUCGAUCUUACGGAGCGGUCGCCAGUCUGAUCACCGAGCACACGUAUCGAGCGGGCCAGAGCGAGAUGGUGUCCGAGGACACGACAGCCUUGGCGUUCUUGCUCGACAAGCUCCUGCCCAUGUUGCCGGAAAACUCGGGCGACCGAACGUGCAGCAGCAUGGCCAGAAUGUUGAUUGCCGCUAUCGCGUCGUGCAAUCAUUCUCCGGACGUGCAGACGACUCUGGUGACCGAGGUGAAGGCAGCCCUUACCAGGACGCUCGCGCUUCCCGAAAGCUCCGAGAAGCACGCGCAACUGCAGCUGCUGAUCGGCCUGAUCUCCACUAUGAUCGACAGUUGCCCGCCGACAUCGCACACUCAGCUAAGAGCAUCUCUGAAGGCCCACCAGUACAACAACGUCAAUUACAUCGUGCGGAUAAUGCUGAGGAAAGGUAUCAUCACCGACUUGGCUAAGAUACCACACAGCCUGGACCUGUCCAGCCCGAACAUGGCCGCUACGAUUAAUGCCGCCUUGAAGCCGCUCGAGACUUUGUCGCGCAUCAUCAAUCAACCGAUGCCGGGGGCAGUCAAUAACAAGUUCACGAAGCCGAAGAACAGGACGGUCCAGGAAGAGCCGAUCGGGGAACAGACCGGCACGACGACGUCUGAAGCCACGCAUGCCGUGGGCGAGGAGGCCAACGAGGACGCGGAAAAUACCGAGCACGACAUCUCCGUGACCGCGGAAAGUCUGGAGCCGGCUUCCGAGGGCCAGGUGCACGAGGAAGGCGAUGAGGCAGCCUUGGAGGACAUUAUGGAUCAGCUUCUCGAGAGUGUAAUGUUUUCCAGGGACGGCUCAGCCGUGGCGGAAGAACAAUCUUCCCGUCCGCACAGGCCAAUGGACAUUGAUGACGAAAGUCUCGCGAUGCGCGACGCGGAAGGCGAUUUCGAUCCUACUCGCGAUACCACAGUAAGAGAGGACCUAAUGAGUUCCGAUUCGGAUUCCGAUAGCAAUCCAUCUGAUGAUAAUGAGGACGAGGUGCAGGACGACGAGGAUGAGGAGGAGGAGGAGGAAGACGAUGGUGAAGAGAACGAGGAAGAGGAGGAGGAAGAGGAGGAAGGUUCGUCCAAUUACGAAGAGGAUGGAAUAGAAUUUUACGAAGACGCCGGUGAAGGCGGCGUCUUUCGCAUGUUUCCAUCCAACGAGCGCGAUGGCGGCAAUGUUGUUAUGAUACAGCACAACAUCGAGAAUCAGGACAUCGCGAAUACAUCGACGCCGGUUACUACGCGUCCGAGUCUUCCCACAUGGAACACGACUUUCCCGUUACCGUUGGGUCUGUUCGAGGAACCUCCCACUGUUUCGGAGAACAAUGGUAUUACUCAUCCUCUGCUGAUAUCGCAAGGAAGUUUGGACACCGCGAGCAACAGGUCUCAACGUGCUCUACGGCAGAGACGGUAUCAGUACCUUCAGUUGUCCAAUCCACGCAGUCCAAAUCCUCCUGUAAUAUUACAAAGACUUUUGGGCCCAGCUGCACAGACUCUUCCUUUGUCCGCCAGCCAAGUGUUGGCAUCGAGUUUCAGAGACACGCGCGUUGUCGUCAUGGAUAAUGGAUUGGGGAUAUUUACUAAUCAAGAAGAAGAGCAAAUUGAUUAUGUCGAUCAAUCCGGAUAUCUCUUUGGACCAAGCCUCGCCGCAACUUUGAACAACAUACCGACCGCGUUGCAUUGGUGGAUCGAAGAGAGCAAGCAGUUGGACGGGGACUCUCAGCCAGAUUGUUGCGUUGGUGUUGUUCACAAGUUGAUACCUGGACUGGAGAAGCACAGGAACGCCGAACUGGCUGAGCGUAAGGAAAAGCGUAAGAAACAGCAUGGAUCCGAGAAGGAGAACGAAAAGGACAGUAAAGACGAGAAGGAACGACUGAAUACUACGGAAUCCGGUUCGUCCAGUUUGAUACAAAUGGACGAACAAAGAUCGUCCGCGUCGACGUCGCAAAGAACCGACGCCACUCCGCUCGUAGCAGGCGAGGAGACGACUGUGGAAACAACGAGGCAGGAACGCACGCCGGAAGAAGACAUAAUCGAUGUAACAGGUGAAAUGGAAGUGACGGUUCAAGAGGAUGAGGAGCGACCGCCUCCGCCACCGCCGGAGGAGCAAUCGUCUUCGUCGGAGAGUAGAGAUCCCCGCACGGCAAAUCGUAAUCCGACAUUGGAACUCGCGGAGAGUAUCGUCGACUCGGUGUUAGGACCGUGUACAUCAGAAGCAACCAUCAGAUUAAGGCAACCUGGACGCAGCGCGGAGCCGACGAACACUACCGAGUCGUCCAAUCGCGCCGCUGCACCGAUUGUAGUGGAUUUCGGUCAGGAAACCAGCGAGGAUCUAUCCAGGGAAAGUAGCGACUCGGCCGAUUGGAUACGCAGACUCUUGACGGACGACAGUCAAUCCAGUGUUGAGCGAAAUGCCAACGUUGUCAGUCAAGACCCUACGUGUUCCACGUCCGAAACGACCACUACCACCACCACUACCUCCGCUGCAGCCGCCGCCGCGGAGACCUCGGAACAGUCGCAACAAUCGUCGCAGCAGCAGCCACAGCAGCAACAACAACCACAACAGCAGCAGCAACAACAACCUCCGCUGCCCAAUUGGCAACCUCAGGAGCAACAGCUGCCAGAUGGCGUAGACCCCUCGUUCUUGGCCGCCUUGCCCGAGGAUAUGCGCGACGAAGUCAUCGCCGAGCAACUCAGGCUUCAGCGUAUCAGGCAACGCGCCGCAGUAGUCGAAGAACUCACCGGACCGGUUGAGGUAAACCCCGAAUUCCUGGCUGCCCUGCCGCCCGCGAUUCAGGAGGAAGUCCUGGCGCAACAACGCAUGGAGCAGCAACGGCACGCAGCUGCCUCGGCGAACCCGGAGGAUCCCGUGGACGCUGCGGCAUUUUUCCAAAAUCUGCAACCUUCCCUUCGACAGGCUAUCUUGACAGAUAUGGAGGAGUCACAGAUAUCCGUCCUACCGCCGGAAUUGGCUCAGGAAGCUCAGAACUUGAGGAGAGAGUGGGAAGCACGUAACCGGCAUAUGAUGCAGGAAAGAUUUCUCAAUCAUGUCAGUCAAGGCAACACUGCUCUCUCCAGUAUCUUGAGGAAUUCUGGUAGAGCUCGAGGUGGUGGUACACGGUACGCUAUUCAUGCAGUGCCGCAGAGAUCUCAGUGGAGUGCCUGGAAUACCCGCGGUGAUGCAAACAUAGCGCACCAAGGUGCUGGACUACGCUUGAGAGGACGGCAAUUACUCGAUCACGAGUCGAUGGCCUGUUUGCUUGUGUUACUCUUUGUAGACGAGCCGAAGAUCAACACGCUCAGACUGCACCGAGUGAUCAGAAAUCUCUGUUAUCACGGUAGCACGAGAGAGUGGGUGGUGAAGGCACUGCUGAAUAUCAUGGAAAGAAGUAACGACGAAAAUAAAGACAUUAUAGCAGAUCUUAGUGGGAAAUUCAAGAGAAAGGGAUUGUUACCUCCCAUGGAUUUAUGCUCUCCAAAGAUAUUUGACCAAAGAAACAACGCGCAAUCGUGGCUAAAUAUCAGUAUCGAUGCUGCGCUCGGCUGCAGAGCCAAUGUGUUUCAUAUAGUACGUCACGCUGGCAAGAAGUCUGAGCGGCAGGGUAAUAUUAUCGCCAUUCAUCCACAGGCAGCGCCUACCGUCUGCAGGCAUACCUUAGAAUUGUUGAUAUCGUUAGCUAAGAGUUUCCCUGGUUAUUUUGUGCCAAUCAAAUCUAAGGAAUCAGAUGAUAAGGAUAGUAAUAAGGAGAAAGACGUGAGCGCCAGCAAGGAGGACGGCGGAGCGAAGGGCAAGUCGACGUCCAAGAUAGGAAGGAGCGAUCUCCCGGACUUCUGGGACAUGUUGCUGAAACUGGAUUCGUGCGCGUCCAAGAAAGGAAAGUCGGUCGCGCGUACUCACUCGAAUACGAAUCUAGGAAACGAGCCGGAACACGGAAUAACAACGUUCGAGGCUUCUGCGUUCGGCCAGCUCAUUUCGAUGCUCAACUGGUCCGUGAUCAAGCGAAGCAGCCAACUGACGGACAAACUGCUGCGCCUCCUCUCCUUGAUCUCCAUCGGCUUGACCGAAGUGAAUCCUUACCGGCGGCAGGAAGGCACAAAGAACAAAAAGACUGAAGUCAGUAAGGAGCACAGCGUCGCCGCGCCAGAAGGACAUUUGAAGCUUGCCGUGCAGGUCUUGACUAGUAAGAGUUGCUCCGAGGAGGGCCUGGAAGAUGCGACAGCAUUGCUACUCAACCUGUCUCAUUGUCCAGAUCCUACUAGACAACUGAUAUUGAAGUUGCUUCUGGAAGGUGCAAUGGAACUAGCGAAUAUGGUGUGCGAACAUAUCAAUGAUUUGAUGAUGGAGCUAAAAGUCUUGAAUCGUGAAUUGAGUCGAAGGAAUUCCUUGGAAGAUCAGCCGUCUACCAGCUCUGGUGGAAACGGCGGCCGAGGAAUUCUGUUGGAUAGAUUCACCAACGAGAACGUGGUUGUCACUGCACCAAGCAAAGUUAAAGCCGGAAGUGACCUUCAGUUGCCGUCGAUGGCCGCUCUUGUUAGCAAAACAUCUAGUCAGGCAUUCUUCUUGAGAAUACUUAAAGUCAUUGUGCAGAUCAGGGAAGCUGUACGCUUAGCGAAUACGAAGAAAACAGCCAAUCAAGCGUCAGAAACAGCCAUGGACACAGGCACAACGAGUAACGCAUCAGAAACAGUCGCCGACAAUGCGGACGUCGACGUUCCUAUGGAUACAACGCAAGCUAAUUCUUCAAACCUUGACAAUUCAAAGACAUCUUCUCGCAACGACGAAGAGAAAACCACACUCCCCCUUUUGAGCGAGAGUCUUGUACUGGAUAACUUGUGGGAGACUCUUAGCGCCUGCUUACUCGAGUUAGAGUACACGCCUGAUCACCAUGCCGUCCUUGUUUUACAACCCGCUGUAGAAGCGUUUUUCCUGGUACACUCCUCGUCGAGUACGUCUCGCGAUCGUCACCUCAACACGAAUAGCGAGAAUCGAGAAGUCGUACCAGAGUUGGCGCCAGUGUCACCGAUAUACUCCGACAAUGAAGGUACUUCGCAAACGGAAACCACUAAUAACACCUCCUGGGACAUAACUCCGACUCCGCAGAAGACGUUGCCCCCGGAUCAAUUAAAGUUCCUCAAAUUUGCCGAAACGCACAGGACUGUACUGAAUCAAAUCCUACGACAAACGACUACACACCUGGCGGAUGGUCCAUUUUCCGUGUUGGUGGAUCACACCAGGGUGUUAGAUUUCGACGUGAAGAGACGUUACUUCAGAACAGAACUCGAGCGGAUGGACGAGGGUAUUCGUCGGGAGGAGUUGGCGGUUCACGUUCGUAGAAGUCACGUAUUUGAAGAUUCAUUCAGAGAGCUUCAUCGGAGGAACGCCGACGAAUGGAAGAAUCGUUUCUACAUCGUCUUUGAAGGCGAGGAAGGCCAGGAUGCAGGAGGGUUGCUCAGAGAGUGGUACGUUAUCAUCUCAAGGGAGAUCUUCAACCCUAUGUACGCUCUGUUCACGGUCAGCCCUGGUGAUCGAGUAACAUACAUGAUUAAUUCCUCUUCGCACUGUAAUCCCAAUCACUUGUGCUAUUAUAAGUUCGUAGGUCGAGUAAUUGCUAAAGCUAUUUAUGAUAACAAAUUAUUAGAAUGCUACUUCACGCGUAGUUUUUACAAGCAUAUACUCGGCAUACUCGUGAAACAUACAGACAUGGAGAGCGAAGAUUACAGUUUUUAUAAAGGACUUGUCUACCUUACGGAACACAACAUUUCCGAUUUGGGAUAUGAACUCACAUUCUCCACCGAGGUCAAUGAAUUUGGCGUUAACGAUGUGAGGGAUUUAAUACCAAACGGACGUAAUAUAGUUGUUACCGAAGAGACGAAACUAGAAUAUAUUAGGCUAGUAUGUCAAAUGAAAAUGACUGGAGCGAUUCGGAAACAAUUGAACGCAUUCUUGGAGGGCUUUUACGACAUUAUACCCAAACGACUGAUCUCCAUAUUUAACGAACAAGAACUUGAACUAUUGAUCAGCGGCUUGCCUAAUGUAGAUAUCGAGGAUCUUAAAGCGAACACCGAAUACCACAAGUACAGUGCUACGUCCCUACAGAUCCAAUGGUUCUGGCGUGCCCUGCGCGGUUUUGAUCAAGCGGAUCGUGCAAAGUUCUUGCAAUUUGUUACUGGUACGUCCAAAGUACCGUUGCAAGGUUUCGCCGCAUUAGAAGGCAUGAACGGCGUGCAGAAGUUCCAAAUACACAGGGAAGACAGGUCAACAGACAGGCUUCCCUCUGCCCAUACUUGUUUCAAUCAACUGGAUUUACCAGUGUACGAAACGUAUGAUAAACUGCGGACGAAUCUGCUGAAGGCGAUUCACGAGUGCAGUGAAGGGUUCGGAUUUGCAUAAACUCUCAACAACAGGCACAGGCUCACCAUGGCAGUUCAUCGGCACAGUGGAGGAUUCGCAUAAGUUUGUGCGAAACGCCGUGUCGUAUAUUAUAAACGGUUUAUCAUACAUGUGUUGUCCUGUCUGUUCGGAGUAUGCCGUGAGAGAGAUUCGGUCAUGUAUAAUUACGCGUUCAUGCAGUCCGAUCGGUGACAUUCUGGCGACACGCUUGGUCUUCAAUCAAGAUCUAACAAGAAAAAAAAUGUUUAACUCGAUAUAUACAUAUAGAUACACGGAUAUGUAUAUACGUAUAAUUAAUUAUGAUGUAAUUACGUGAGAAUAACGCGUUUCAAUGAUACCCGAAGCUAGGGUUUAUUUUGUUGUGGAGAGGAUCUUGGAAGAAGCGCCGAGCUUAACGAUAAUUCCCUACAAGGAAGGAUAAGGAGGAUUAGUUUUUAUGAGUAAGAUACGAUAAGGGUAAGAUUCACGCAUAAGUGUAAUAGUUAGGUACUUUAGUUUGUCAUAAGGAGUAAUAUAGGACGGAGAGAAUGUAAUAUACUGCACUUGAAAAAAAAAACCAGCGAUAUGUUUUAACCGGUUCGAUAGUUUGAAUAGUGAUACAACGUGUGGCAACGGCAACGGUGGCCUGGUUAAUUACCGAAAAAAGAGCAGCAAAAGCAUAAGUGUAUGAGUGCCUGUGCGAGUGAAAGGGAACGAGAGAGAGAGAGAGAGAAGGAGAAUGUGACGAUGAGAGAGCGAGAACGAGAGAGAAAUUAGCGGAGAGAUGUUGAGCCUAAAAGAUUUCACAAUACAAACGCUAUCCUUCCCCUAAAAAGAUGUAUGGUUGUACACUACUAGUAUUAAUAAUUAUAACUAAUUCUUAAUUAAUAGUAAUGGUCAUUAAAUAUCAUUUUAAUAUUAAUCAUUCGAAAUGUGAUGUUAAACACGUGUAAUUUCUUUUCUCUUGAGAUUUAACGAAAUAAAGUUUACAGUUGAACAGAUAUUACUUUAUAAACACAUCGAACGGGACAAUAUUGGCGAAACACGUACAGGCACCGUUACAAUUGAUUAUCGAGCUCCUUUCGAAAUUGUUAGGGAAUUAUUGAUUAGGAUUCGCAGAAUAAAAUGAUGAAUGUUGUAUUUCUUAUAUAUAUAAAAAAAAAACUGAUAGGAA